CUUGAACACAUCCCCUAAGUAUCCUCGUCGCUCAACACCAUCCCCUCAGCGCGUGCGCUCUCGCUAUGCGCGUGAAAGAGUACUCCGCAUCUGUUUUUGUCGAUGGAAAGGCUCUUGACGAGCUCGACGUGAGUGUGGACGAGGCGAGGCAUACUGCUACGUGCUACAUUCCGUCCCAGGCUGGAAAGAAGUUUAUGGUCGAAUGGAGAUGCUUGUCGAAGUCUCGGACGCAUUGGAGCUCUGGUAGGGUAGGGGUCGAUGGCGUGUGGUGUAAAGGCAAGGUGAUUAGGUCCGCGCGGUCCGGGCAAGAAGACUCAGCCAGGCGUUCGUACUUUACCGUGGACAAGACGACCACAAGAGAUUUUAUGUUCUCGAACAUUAAUCUUACCGACGACGAAACAUAUCUUCACGUCCCUGACCUGGACAAACUCGGCGGGAUCACGCUCGACAUCGUACGAGGCGUGCCCGAAACUCACUAUAGCUCUCCUGAGCACAGGCGGUCCGUCAAAGACUCGAGAACCAUGCAUGAGAGAGCGAAGAAAGCGCUAGUGCAUUGUGUUGGUUUCGGAAGAGAGAAGAAGCGUCCAAUCCCCAGCGCAAGGACCCACAAAGUGCGCCCCACACGAUCAACGCUUCAUUUCAUAUUUAAAUAUCGUCCUCUGGCUGUCCUUCAAGCCCAGGGCAUCGCCUCUCUACCAGUCCCGCAACGCGCUCCUAUCAAGCGCUCAGAAACUAUUGAUGACGACGUCAUUAUCAUUGACGACGGGCCGGAGAAUCCCGCGGCGUUUAAUGCGAACAUACACGCGCUUGAGAAGAGAAAAUUGAACCGACUUCGCGCACGACAAGCCGCCUCGAACAGGACCCCCGUCAAAUCGGAACCGGGUGCACCUCCCGCGAAACGCCGAGUGAAACGCGAGCCCGACGGCAGUCGUUCUGGCCAAGCUACGGAGGUCAUCAUCAUUGACUCAGACUAAGCUUGAAGGCAGCUGCAUUCUAAACAGCCAUCCGAUCGUUAGGCACUUCAAUAUAGUUCUACAUACUAGUCAAACCAUAUCGCAUCGCUUUUGUACUUAAUACCCC